AAGAGGUUAUGUUAUGUUACAUUUGGGUAGUUACUGUCAUAAAUAAUAAUAACUUUUAUGAAUAAUUAUUGUAAAGAUAAUAUAAAUUAAUAAAACAUGACGAGUCGUGUAAAAUCAGGUACAACUAGAAUAGAAGUCGAAAUAGAAAAGAGUAGAGAAGAAUCCAAUUGGUUAAAAGUUAUAGAACUAGCAGAACAACUUAAGGAGAAGUCUCCAGAAUUUGUUUGUUUAGCUGAUUUUUUAAUUGGAGAAGGUAAAUUAGAAAACUUUUUGGAAGAAUGGCCUUCCACAGAAGCAAAUGUAAAUAGAGCGAAACUUGGGUUGAUAGAGGCUAAGCGUUUUCUCCAACUAGUUGUCACUGAAGCUGGAAUUAAGGCUGGAGUUGCUAUGGAUGCACAUUUGCUUCUUGGAAAGUUGCAGUAUGCAUGUGGUCAGUAUACCGAUGGUUUAAAGCACUUCAAAUUAGCUGAUCUGCAAAAUCUAACAGAAAAGAAAUUACCACUACGUAGUUUGAGAAUAGUGGCCGAAUCAUAUGCAGUGAAGGCACUGUGCCUCCAGAAGGACGAUACUGCUGUUAGUAAAUUUAAAAAGGCUGAAAAACAAGAAGAGAUGAUUAAAUGCUUGGACUUAGCCACUGACUUAAGUUUACUGUAUAUGCAAAAAUUGGAAAAAGAACUAAAUUCCACAGUUCCUAGUUCAAAUACAGGUAGUCAUUCACCUCAGCCUCCUGCUCAACAAAAGCCAAUUGGAGAAAUACUAGAACAAGCAAUACACCUAACUCCAAUAUUUCUUAUUCAACAACAUAAACCAGAAUUAGCACUAGAAAGGUACAGAAAUUCACUAUGCGCCGUAGAAGCCCAUGGCGUUAAUAAUAUUAGACUGAAAUUCAUGUGUCAAAUGGCAGAAUUGUUACUUCAGGGUCUAGUAGGAGAGAAAUAUAAACCUCCUUCGAGCUCUCCUCCUAAGAGCUCCAUAUGGAAGCCUAAAUUUUAUGCAUCAUUAAAUCAAUUUAUUCCCAGAAAUGAAUGCGAAGAAACGAUACUGCUACUUUUAGUUGCCGAAUCCAUGGCAGUUAGAAACGCAGUCCUGUCACAAUCACCGGAAUUUAGAGAUAUACGACUAAGCGCCUAUCAGGAUGCUGAAACAGUAUACGAUUUACUAACAGUAGCUACAGUUCGUUGGGGACAAAUUGAGCUUUUACAAGAGUCGUUAGAACGUUCGAUGAAAUUUUCGUUUGACGAAGCUCACAUGUGGAAACAGUACGCAUUAAGCCUUUUAGCGAUCAAUAGUUUUGACCAAGCAUUAUCAGUUCUAAGAGAAGUUAUUAGAUUAGAGCCAAAUGAUGCUAGCAACUGUCUUUUAGCUGCCAAAUUAUGUUACGAACAUCUUAAUUUAAUCGUUGAAGGUACAAAUUUUAGUAUGCAGGCAAGAGAAAAAGCCUUAACAUCAUCGGACGGGCUUUUGGGUAGAUGCCAUUUGUAUCUAGGAAUUGGUUACCACUUGCAAGCCGAAGCCUGUCAGUUGCGGAAAGAAAAAGAUCAGUUAAGACACAAUGCACUUAAUAAUUUCAGAAGUGCUGUAGAGUUGGAACCAAACGACCAUUUAUCGAGAUAUUAUCUCGGACUACAAUUAGCUAUACUCGGAAACAUUCCAGAAGCUCAACAACAUGUAUGUGUUGGUUUGGAUCUUCAUCCCGAACAUUCUACCUCUUUGCAUCUUCUCGUUCUGCUAUUAACGGCUCAGAGACAACAUAGUAGUGCUCUUCUGGUGGUUGAAAAUGCCUUGGAAGAAUAUCCAGAUAGCCUCAAUCUCAUGUACGUGAAGGCAUAUCUAGAUUUACAUGAGUUCGGAGGGGAGAAAGCCUUAGUAACGGCAAAACAGAUGUUAGAACUUUGGAAAAAUCUUUAUGAAGGCCAAACAAUCUCAGAUAUGCCAGAAUGUGAUAGAAAAAGUGACACGAGAUCAGUCUUCCAACUAUACAGUUCAGAAAUGUCAGAUAAAGACUCAAGCUCCUUACACCUGCACAAUCUGGCCGCCACAAGAGUAGAGCAAGCUCUUAGUGAGGUCGCUAGUUCCAUGAGUAGUUUUAACCCUAGACCGGGUCCUCAGCGAGCAUGGAUGCUGCAAGUUGAAAUCUGGCUGCUUUUAGCCGAACUGUACCUUGCUCUAGACCAGCCUGCUGACAUUCAAAUGUGCGUUCAAGAAGCCAUGCAGAUAUAUCCAUUGAGUCACCAUACAAUGCAUAUGAAAGGGCUUCUUCACAUGCAUAAACAAGAGUGGGCUGAUGCCAAAAUGUGCUUCCAAAAUGCUGUCGCUAUUAAUCCGCUUCACGUUCAGUCGUUGCAACAGUUAGGUUUAGUGUAUCAUUAUUUAGACCUUCAAGGAUUGGCCGAAACAACCUUACGGGAGGCUGCCAAGAUCGAACCCAAAAAUCAUGUUACAUGGUACAACUUGGGAAAAGUCCUUGAAGCUCUUGGAGAAUACGAAAAUGCCAGUAAUGCAAUGGCGACAGCUCUCCUUGAAGAACAAAAUAGUCCUAUUCUUCCUUUUAAUUCGGUCCCAAUAACUUUUGAGUAGAAUAGUUAGGUAAUUUGUAAAAACGAUAAGGUCCUAUGUGUUUAUAAAUAACGGGUACUUAGCUAAUCUUCAAAUUCAUCCAAUAAUAGUAUUUUACCAUUUAUAUAUAGUAUUUUCGAUAGUAGUAAAAUAUACUGGUAACUUUUAAGAAUGAGUUAAAUAAACAGUAAAAACUGAAACAAAAUUUGCAAAACGCAAGCUGUCUUUGGAACUGGGCGGUCCAUAGUAUUCUAUUACGCAAGUUAUUGAGAAAAAACAGCCGUCAAUAAAGAAGUUCAUCUGGUUUACGUAGACUUACAAAAAGCAUAUGACAGUGUGCCCCUCAGCAAACUAUGGUUAACCUUACGGCAAACCAACAUUAAACAUGGUCUUAUCAAAGCAGUCUGUAUAAUGGAACGACUGCAAAAAUUAAAACAGGAUCAAGGAUGUAUUAUGAGGGAUUUAAGGUCACGAAAGGAUUGAAGCAGGGGUGCUGUAUUUCGCCUACCCUUUUCAAAAUUUACCUGGAACAAGCACUCAAACUGUGGAAAAUAAAAUGUAAUGGCAUUGGAAUCCCUCUCAAUGACGAGACAACACUAUACACUUUAUGUUUCGCUGUUGACCAAGUUCUGAUUGCUCAGGAUCAUGCCGACUUAAGUUACAUGACUCGGAAGCUAAUAGAAGAAUAUAAUAGAUGGGGUCUCGCAGUCAACAUUAAAAAAACUGAAGCCAUGUGUAUUGGAGGGACAAAGCAGUCCACUACAUUAGACGAUUGGGCAGAAAGUAAACACUGUGAUGAAUACAAGUACCUGGGCAUCAAGAUAAAUCAAGAUGGAGCACUCGAUGUUGCUAUAAAAGACAGAAACAUAAAGGGUAGAAAAGCCAUAUCCUUGAUAAACGGCAUUCUGUGGGACCAAACAAUAUCUAAACCGAACAAAAAGCUUAUAUUACAAUACCAUAUUUAAAAGUAUAAUCAUAUAUGACAGUGAAGUAUUACCACUGAAACAAAGAACAGAGAGAAAAUGCUACUAGUAACAAAAAGAGACAUCUGAAGAAGAGCAGCAGACAAAUCAAGACGAGAUCGGAAGCCAAAUGAAAGAAUAUCAGAAAUGAUGUGUCACACAUACAAUAAUAAUUGAUAACAUAAAAACAAAACAACUAAUAUGGGACGGUCAUGUACAGAGAAUGCCAGAUGACAGGAUCCCUAAAUUAAUUUUGGCAUUGGCACCACAAGGGAGAAGGAAAAGAGGAAGACCGAGAAGAAGCUGGAGAGAGGGAAUUGAAAAAGAACUAGAGGAAAAAGAAAUCCCUCCAGGUCUAUGGCUAAACAGGGAAGAAUGGCGGUUAGGAGUCGGAGAACGCUGUAAACCGAUAGUAGUAGUAGUAAUAACCAAAUUUUCGUUGAAAAUACAAUUUUAUAAGGUCCUUGAAGAGAAAAUCAAAUUCUAUUGUAAAUUGUGUUAGAGGGACGAUUUAAAACACAACAAUGUACAAGGUGAGGCAGAUAAAGAGCCUAUUAGAAAUAUCUCGAGAACUAAAGGUAAGAGAAUCAUGAAAAUUGGAAUACAAUGGUUUUGAGGUAUGAACUAUUUAAUGAAAAUAUUUUCAUAUAUUUGCUACUUCCGGUUAUACCGGAAGUUGAUUGUAACUUGGUUUUUUUAAAUGGGACACUCUGUAUAUUUUUACAUUUUUGGAUUCUGCUCGAUGUCCUCUUUCUUAAAAUAUGAGGUUUGAUAAUAAUAUACAGGGUAGUUUAAAAAAUAAUUACGGUUUUUAAUAAAUUUUGUAGGAAACUUCACACCCUGUAGAAUUGUACUGAUUUGAUUUCAAAAAAAAAUUAUUAUUAAAAAUUAUUAAUACAGCGAAAUGUUUAAUUUUAGUGUACAGGGUUAGUCGAAACUCGGAAUGAGUAUUUUCUGAGUUUUCUUAAAUGGAACACCCUGUAUUUUAGUAUUGUAAUGAAAUGAUAUUUUAUAGUACUUUUUUAUUUCUUAAGCAUUCCCUAUACCUAACUGCUUUAAUUUGUAAGUUAUUCGUAGUUCUUUAAGCCAAACAUUAAUUGCAAUAAAAAUUACGUGAAAUUUUAUUAGUUUGCGGUGAAAAUAUUCAAUCGUAAAUAAUUUUUCGAAAAUAAACACAUUAAUCUUGACUGACCCUUAAUUGAUUAAUACGGGUUGAUAUAUCAAAAUACUUACUUAGUUAAGAUUUUUGGUGUGUUCAAUAUUAAUAUUCACAUACAAUAUUCUAUCUAGUUUGCUAUGACUUUGACACUAAAUAUGCUUAAACAUUUGCUUUGUUUAAACAAUCUACUAUUUUUGAAGUUCCAGUUGCUUUGCUACCGUUACUAAUAUGAAUUUUUCUAAUCAGGAACUGAUUCAGAUGUUUUUUGUUCUAGGAAAGUAUAACAGAUAAAAAUUUGCUACUAGCAAUAAGAAUUUAUCAUCAGCAAUUCCAUGAUAGAUGACAACCAAAAAGAGAAACUUUUCAAAAUUUACUAGAGCGGUUUCAACGAACUGGACAUUUAGAUUACAAUAAAUCUGAUCGAACAAAAACUAUUGUUAAUGAUUAAAAUGACUUAAAUGUUACUGUCACUGAGAAUCUGCAUAUUAGUAUGAACGUUCUCGUAAUAUAAGUGUCUAGUACUAGUACGUCGAAACUAUUCUAGUAAACUUUGAAAAGUUUCUCUUCUUGGUUGUCGUCUAUCAGGGAGUUGCAGAUGAUAAAUUCUUAUUACUAGUAGUACAUUUUUGUUAUACUCUCCUAAAACAAAAACUUUACUAAUCAGUUCCCCAUUACAAAAAUUUAUAUUAGUAAUGGUAACAAAGCAACUGGAACUAUAAAAAUAAUACAAUGUCUAAUGUUUAAUCAAGUUUAGUGUCAAAGCCAUAGUCAACUAGGUAGAAUAUGGUUUGUUUUAUUAAUAUUUUAUGCACCAACAAUCUUAACAACGUAGGCAUUUUGGUAUUUCAUCCAAUAUUAAUAAAUUAAGGAUCAUUCUAGAUUAACAUGUAUUUAUUUUCAAAAAAUUAUUUAUGAUUGAAUAUUUUCACGGCAAACCUAAUAAAAUUUCACGUAAUUUUUAUUGCAAUUAAUGUUUGGCUUAAAGAACUACGAAUAACUUACAAAUUAAAGCAGUUAGAUAUAGGGAAUGCUUAAAAUAUCAUUUCAUUACAAUACUAAAAUACAGGGUGUUCCAUUUAAGAAAACUCAGAAAAUACUUAUUCCGAGUUUCGACCAACCCUGUAUACUAAAAUUAAACAUUUCGCUACAUUAAUCAUUUUUAAUAAUAGUAGACUAUAUUAAAAAUCACUUAAACAUAAAUGGAGUUUUUGAUAUCAAAUCAGUACAAUUCUACAGGGUGUGAAGUUUGCUACAAAAUUUAUUAAAAACCGUAAUUAUUUUUUAAACUACCCUGUAUAAUAUUACAAAACCUCAUAUUUUAAGAAAGAAGACAUCGAGCAGAAUUCAAAAAUGUAAAAAUAUUCCAUAGGGUGUUCCAUUUAAAAAAAACGAAGUUACAAUCAACUUCCGAUAUAAUCGGAAGUAGCAAAGAGACGAAAAUAUUUUCAUUAAAUAGUUUAUACCUCAAAACCUCUGUAUUCCAAUUUUCAUGAUUCUCUUACCUUCAGUUCUCCAGAUAUUUCUAAUAGGCCCUUUAUCUGCCUCACCCUAUAUAUAAUACUAUUUUAAUGCGUGUGUAUACUCUAAAAUUUACCAGUACCUAUUGUCUGUUGUUGGCCCUUUCUUAUUGAGGGAAUCGUACAGUAAAAUUAAAGUUUCAAUGUUAUUUUGUGUCAAAAGUUUAAAUACUUUUUUCCUUUAAAAACUUGUAGAUACGAAAAGUACUCUUUCUCGAAAAACCUCUUUUAUCACACUAAUGUUGAAUAAGCAUAACUUAAGCGAAACUUAAAAGGUAAUAUAUUUUAGAAUGAGACGUCCCAGAUGUAAACAAUAAAUCUGAAAAUUCUCGUGGAACCAUUUUCUUGUAACAUCCUUUUACAAUUUAUAAGGAAGGCGACGACGAAUAAAGGAGACAAAAGGGACUCUACAAUAUGCAGUCCGUCUAUUCGUCUUGGAAAAAUUGUCGCUACAGCGUCCGAUAAACGAAUUGUUUUUAUCUUCUUCUUCUUCUUGUAGUUCCUUCUCCUAUCGGAGGUUGGCUAUCAUCACAGCUCUCCGUAACUUAUUGGCGACGUCUCCGAAAAGAUCUACUAAGCUGCAAGUAUACCACUCUCUUAAGUUUCUCAGCCAGGAAAUUAUUCUUCUAUCUAUGGAUUUUCCCCUUAAUUUUGCUCUGAAUUAUGAGCCUUAAUAUCUCAUAUUUCGCACCUCUAGUAAUGUGGCCCAAAUAGGGCUUUUAAUUCACAGUUAUUUGUUUCGAGCUUCUAUCUUGUGUCACAUAAUAUUAAUAUAUCUACGUUUACGUCAUACGUUAUUGGUAUAUACCAAUGAUACAAACCGAAGACGUAUCACGUAGAUAUAUUAAUAUUUUAAGACACGUGAUAGAAUCUCGAAACAAAUGACAAUCGAUGAAAAGCCCUAUAUUCCAGCUUUCUUGUUUUCCUUUUGUAAGCUUGUUAACACUUCUGUAUUCGUAACUUGCAUCUCCGUCGUAUAUCUGUACUUCUAGCUCUGUCUUAUAGUGUCUUACCGUCGAUUUUUCGAAGGGUUUUCAUCUCUGCUGUUUCUAUUGUUGUCUUCCUUUUGGCACUCGUAGGGUGUCCCGUUGAUGAGAUCCAAUUUCAAGACAUCGUUGUUAAUAGGUCUGGAUCCCGCGUAUGAAAAAAAAAGUUGAUUAAUAGCAAGCUGAAAAUUUGUUAAUAGCUUAAGGGUGUCUAGUCAGACAAACUUUGAUAUAUGGGAACACUGAAACAGGGGCAGUUUUAAUUGUGGAACAGGUUAAAAAUUUGGAACGGUCAGACCACGAAAACGGCAUAUUUAUUUUGUCCGACAGAACAGACUUAAACUCUCCGAACAGAGAUUAAACUCUCAUGCAAAAUUCAGACUGCUAUUUAUCACCAAAUGGGCGUUUUAAUGAGUGGAACAUGUGGAAUAUGUCAAAUGACAGGAAUUAUGACAGGUGAUAAAUAGCAGUCUGAUUUUUGCAUGAGAGUUUAAUCUCUGUUCGGAGAGCUUAAGUCUGUUCUGUCGGACAAAAUAAAUGUGCCGUUUUCGUGGUCUGACCGUUCCAAAUUUUUAACCUGUUCCACAAUUAAAACUGCCCCUGUUCCAGUGUUCCCAUUUAUCAAAGUUUAUCCGACUAGACACCCUUAAGCUAUUAACAAAUUUUCAGUAUGCUAUUAAUCAACUUUUUUUUCAUACGCGGGAUCCAGACCUAUAACGUCUCUGCACAAUUGAAUGACUAACUUUCAGUUGUCUUGCCACAUCUCUUUGGCUUGUUCCAUUUUCCAGCAUUGUAAUAAUUUUAAUAUACUUUCAAUAUUUUUCCAUUGUGAUUAAGAAAUAAAGUCCUUUUCAUGAGCAUUUUUCAGUGCGUCACAAAUGAUAGAAAAAAAGGUAAAUCCGUGAUAAUACACAUUUAUGACAUUUAUUCUAACAUGACAUUUUAGUUAAAUCUGACAGUUGUCACAUUUUAUUUGCAAUUUGGCAUAAAAACAAAUCAAUUGUGUUUAUUACAUUUAUAAAAUGGUAUUUUCUUUGAUUUUUAUCGUUUUAUAAAUUGUACAGAUUAUAUUCGUAGAUAUUAUAUAAUUCGUAAAUAAUUUUUUCUUCGAUUAUAGCGCCAUCUAUCGACAACUAGAAUAACUAGAAUAAAUGUUAUAAAUGUCUGUAAUCACAAUCACAGACGUGCCUUUUUUUCUGUCACAUACAAUUUAAUGCGUUAGAAAGAAAUCGAAAAACUCUGACGCACUGAAAAAUGCUCAUGAAAAGGACUCUACACCUCACUGUAAGGAGGCCAGUGUAACACUAAGAUAUCUCAGGAACUCUUUAGAACACUACAAUAGUUCACACAUUUAAUUGAAUUAACGUGAAAGAAAAAGGAGAAAUAUGUAAAAAAUA